AUGGUUAUAAUUAAAGAUAAAUCCGAUUUGCCUAAAUGCCGCCUCCCUCUGACAAUUUUCCUUGUGACUGGAAAUAUUCCAUUCAAGCGAUCGAUUGUUCAAGUCCUGUUGGGUUAUUUUAGUAUAAAAGGAUGGGAGGUGGAUUUAGAGUGCUCCAUCUGGUUCGACCUUUUCUUUCUUUCCUGCCCGAGUCAGCUGCCAUUGUAUGGAAUACACUCCACAACAGGUGCGGAUCCAUUCUAUUGGAUGCGUGUAAUUCUUGCCUCGAACAGGGGAACUGUUAUGGAGCUUGGUAUCACGCCUAUAGUGACAUCUGGACUAGUUAUGCAACUUUUAGCGGGUUCAAAGAUCAUUGAAGUUGAUAACAAUGUCCGAGAGGAUCGAGCCCUGUUAAAUGGAGCACAGAAGUUAUUAGGCAUCUUGAUAGCAGUUGGUGAGGCAGUUGCAUAUGUUCUGUCGGGAAUGUAUGGCAGUGUUGGUCAACUUGGAGUUGGAAAUGCAAUCCUUAUUAUUCUUCAGCUCUGCUUUGCUGGCAUCAUUGUAAUUUGUCUAGAUGAACUUCUCCAGAAAGGAUAUGGUCUGGGGUCUGGAAUUUCACUCUUCAUAGCAACCAAUAUUUGUGAAAGCAUCAUUUGGAAAGCUUUUAGCCCAACCACUAUCAACAGUGGACGUGGAGCCGAAUUUGAAGGUGCUGUUAUUGCGUUGUUCCAUUUGUUGAUAACUCGAACAGACAAAGUUCGUGCUCUGCGAGAGGCAUUCUAUAGGCAGAACCUUCCAAAUGUUACAAACUUGCUUGCUACCGUCUUAGUCUUCCUCAUUGUCAUCUACUUUCAAGGGUUCCGUGUGGUUUUGCCUGUGAGGUCGAAGAAUGCUCGUGGGCAACAGGGUUCAUAUCCAAUUAAGUUGUUUUACACUUCCAAUAUGCCCAUUAUUUUGCAGUCUGCACUUGUAUCCAAUCUUUACUUUAUUUCCCAGUUGCUGUAUAGGAGAUACGGUGGAAAUUUUUUGGUGAACCUCUUGGGGAAAUGGAAGGAAUCUGAAUAUUCUGGCCAGUCCGUCCCUGUUGGUGGUCUUGCUUAUUACAUAACUGCACCAUCAAGCUUGUCGGAUAUAUUGGCCAAUCCGUUCCAUGGACUAUUUUAUAUUGUAUUUAUGCUGUCUGCAUGUGCUUUGUUCUCAAAAACGUGGAUUGAGGUCUCAGGAUCCUCAGCUCGAGAUGUGGCUAAGCAGCUAAAGGAACAACAAAUGGUGAUGCCCGGACAUCGGGAAUCAAAUCUACAGAAGGAGCUGAACCGCUAUAUACCUACUGCAGCUGCCUUUGGUGGCAUGUGCAUUGGUGCACUAACUGUGUUGGCCGAUCUCAUGGGGGCAAUUGGUUCAGGGACGGGGAUUCUGCUUGCCGUCACUAUCAUAUAUCAGUAUUUUGAGACAUUUGAGAAGGAGAAGACCAGCGAGCUUGGUUUCUUUGGUUUCUAA